AUGACGAAGAAUAACUUGGCCGUUCAUCUGAAAUGGCUGUUGAAGCAAGCACCACCUACAUGUCCUGCUCUCGUCAGCUUGCCUGAACGCAAUCAAGCAUUGCAAUCCGCUCUCCCCGCAGACGAAUCAACGACCCUCCAUGAUAUUUCGGAACAUGUGGAGGACGACGCGGACGAAGAAAUGGCCAGACUUCUAUUUGCACCCCAAUCUGCGAGCAAGCCUCGAAUGCUGAGUCGCCCCGACACGACCUCCGCUAAUACGCCAUCAACGAAGCAACGGUCUUCGCCGAAGCCAAGCGCUCGAGACUCUUUGCGCGAACCUCCGGCGUCAUCACAUAAGACAGCUCGGCCAAAGUCGUCCCCGCUACAAUCUAGGCACGACGCCAUCGAAGCUAUUGAUUUGACAGGAGGGCUUGACCAGUCAAUUUUGUCUUCGGGAACGUCAGGGACCAUCCAGUUUGGAGAGCCGCGCGGGUUAUGGACGGAGGAAGUCACACCACGCGAAAAACGCGGCAAGAAGCGCAAGAGCGACGAGUAUACAUCCGAUCUUCUUUCACCAUCGAAACAUGUGACCAAAGUGCGAAGCCCCGCGAAAGCCACCCGGCCACCAGCCGCUAGAGAGGAGACAGUUCUGAAGCACCCCACAACGUCACGCCAGACGGCCCAGACCCUUCCACCCAACGCGGCGAGACGAUCCGAAUAUUAUUCCCCGGUUGUCCCGCGAAGCCAUCGAAAUCAGGUGAUUGCAGAUUCGGACGAUGAUGACGAGGACCUCUUCGACGACUGGGUCGGUGAGGAUACCCAUGUUGAUGAUAUGGUGCUAGAUACCGAGGAGUCAUUGUACCCGAUACUCCCUGAAAUCAGUCCAGCGGGUGAUGAGGAAAAGAAUGACAUCUGGAAUACGCGUUCCGAUCUUACUCCCAAAGCACCGGUACAACCUACACAACCCUCGACUCGAACGAAACAAAAGACGCCCUCACAAGACCCUACCCCCUCAACGCCAUGGUCAAAGCCAUCUAACUCGCAGGAGAGGGAUCCAGGUCUUCUAAAGGUCUUGUCCCUUGGAUAUAAUUCUUUCCCGCAUGCGGUCUCCAAGUUAAGGGCCACCCUGCAAAAGAACUCGGAGAUUGUAUACCAGCAGGUCAUGGAAGGUCAAAUAGACCAAGAACUUGUCGCCGAGAACAAGAAUAUUGUUGCUCAAAUUGGGAUGAUUGAACAGCUCCAGAAACAUCAAGCCAUGCAUAAGGCUUGCAUUUCGCGCAAGCAGAGCUUGAAAGAGAAUCUGAUACACGCAAUCUCCCAAGGUCUAGAUCCAACAACCAUGCCGGAAGAGCUUGCGCAGAGUCGAGCAGUUGAGGCCGAGUUGGAACAAAUCGAAACAAAGAUUUCUCAGCUACUUCCUCAGGCUAAGAUCUUUGACCUGGUGCAUGACUGCCCUCCUGAAUCAUCCUCUAUGAAUCAUACUGAAUCAUCGUUUGAAACCCGCACAGCCACACAAGAGCCGUCCUUCUCUUCACGGGCCACUGCCCACCAAGAAGUACAACCAAGCCGGCAUGUGCCUGUCAUAAACCCUAAAAGACCGCAAGAGACACAACGUCACAAUUUCAACGAACUGUCCAUCUCCCGAAACAUGGGAUCUCCGCCGCUUACUUCAAUGGACUUCGAUGACUUUGAUUGGAAUGCCAGCGACGAUGAGAUGCUAGAGGCAGCAGGGAGCUUCAAUGAAGGUCACCAAAGUUCUAUACCCGAUAAAACUAGCCAGAAUCGCAAGGUGUUUGCAGAGACAUCCGGCAACACCCAGAAGGCACCCGCUCCAAAGAAGUCCCCUGGCCGUAGUGCCUUCUGGUCGAAUCAUCCGUGGUCUCAAGAGGUGAGAACCGUUCUAAAAGAUCGAUUUCACCUUCGUGGGUUCCGACCAAACCAGCUAGAGGCCAUUGACGCAACGCUUGCCGGAAAAGACACUUUCAUUCUCAUGCCCACAGGCGGAGGGAAGUCUCUGUGCUAUCAGUUGCCUUCAAUUGUAACAGGUGGCCACACUAGGGGUGUGACCAUUGUGGUAUCUCCAUUGCUGAGCUUGAUGGAGGACCAGGUGUCACACCUGCGCAAAUUGGACGUCAAGGCCUUCAUGAUGAAUGGUGACUCUGACAGAGAAGAACGCUCGUGGAUUCUAAAUCAACUUUCCCACACCGAAGGGGAGGACUUGGAGGUGUUGUACAUCACCCCCGAAAUGAUCAACAAAAACCAAACGUUGGUCAAUGCCCUGGAGAAGCUUCACCGGAGAAAAAGACUAGCGCGCCUUGUCAUUGACGAGGCUCACUGUGUCAGUCAAUGGGGUCAUGAUUUCCGCCCUGACUACAAAGAACUGGGAGAAGUUCGAAACAGGCUGCCUGGAGUACCCCUCAUGGCCCUCACAGCCACAGCCACAGAAAAUGUGAAGGUGGACGUCAUGCAUAACCUCAAAAUGUCCGGAUGUGAAGUGUUCCUGCAGAGUUUCAACCGUCCCAAUCUAACCUACGAGGUGCGGGCAAAAGGAAAGAAUGAUGAAGUGUUGGCCAGUAUGGCAGAGACUAUCACAAGCUCCUACCGAAACCAGUGUGGGAUCAUUUACUGCCUCUCUCGGGCAACUUGUGAGAAAGUUGCAGAAGAUCUAGAAAAGAAGUAUCGUCUGAAAGCCAAACAUUACCAUGCCAAAAUGACGGCGCAAGAGAAAUCGGAGGUGCAGGCCAAGUGGCAGGCGGGUCGAUUACACAUCAUCGUAGCUACCAUUGCCUUCGGAAUGGGAAUCGACAAGCCUGAUGUACGCUUCGUCAUGCACCACAGCAUCCCAAAGAGUCUCGAGGGAUACUAUCAAGAGACUGGCCGUGCCGGCCGAGAUGGAAAGCGUUCCGGCUGUUAUCUCUACUACGGCUACAGGGACACCGCAACCUUGAAGCGCAUGAUUGAUUCGGGAGAUGGCAGCUAUCAACAAAAAGCACGCCAGAAGCAGAUGUUGCGGAACGUGGUCCAAUUCUGUGAGAACCGCAGCGAUUGCAGACGUGUGCAAGUUCUCGCAUAUUUCAAUGAGUACUUUCGCCGUGACGAUUGUAACAACACAUGUGAUAACUGCAAGUCUGACUUGGUGUUUGAGGUUCAUGACUUCUCUGAGCAGGCCUCAUGGGCUAUUAAGAUUGUGCGAAACCUACAGAUAGAGAAAGCAAAAGUGACUGUUCUGUAUUGCGCAGACAUACUUCGCGGUGAUUGCAAAAGGCCGAAGGAUCCAUCACACCGCAAAAUGGCAGGGUAUGGGAAAGGUGCGAGCCUGGAUCGGGGAGAAGCCGAACGUCUGUUUUAUCGGUUACUGGGCGAAGACGCACUGGCUGAAGACAACGUCAUCAACAAAAAGGACUUCGCGGUUCAGUACAUCAUUCUCGGUCGCCGUGCAGCCGAGUAUGAGUCUGGUAAGCGGCGAAUGGAACUGGAGGUUCGCGCUUCCCCGAACAGCAAGGCAGCCAAGGCCAAGGCUAAAAGCAAGAUGGCUGCUGCUGGGCAGAAAUCAAAAUCUGGUGCCCAGGGUGCUCCUCAUUCCACCAUGGUCUCAUCGCCAGUGAUCGCUGCUCAAGAUCGACGCAUGGAACGCUUCCAAUACACUGGCUCCCUAGGUAAUCGUUUUGCGGCCGACGAUGAAAGUGACGACGGAUUUGAACCAAUUCGAACUAACAGCCAACCUCGUCGUGCGAGCACACAUCAGUCGGGUCCUCCGAUCACCUGCGAUCAACGGUUGGAGAGACUUGAUCAUCUGCAUCGUGCAGUCGUGGAAGGCUUUGAGGUGAAUGCCAAAGAAUAUCUCCAAAAGCUUGUUGUGGAGAAGAACCUUCGUUCCCAGCCGUUCUCUGAUCAGAUGUUGCGUGAAAUGGGAAUUUCAUUCCCCCGAGAUCUUGAUGAGCUUGCCAGAAUUCCGAACAUCGACCAGGACAAAGUGAAGCGCUAUGGCCGAGGGAUUCUCAAGAUCGUUGGACAUGCAAAGCGACGCUAUGAUGAAAUGACACAAGAGGCAGAGACCGACGGCAUCGUUCCGGACCCCAAUCACCACAAUGUCAUCAAUCUCAGCAGCAGUGACGAGUACAGUGACGAUGACCUAUUUAUGGAUGACGUUACUGGCUUCGCACUGGACAAUCCUGUUCAGCCCGCGGCUACCAAUGCCUCUGAAAAUAUCACAAGCCGCUAUUUCCCACAACCAUCUCCGGGGUACGACUCUGGUGACGACUACAAUGCUGGUACUUCAGCUUCUGGCCCCAAAGGCCGCAAACGCCAGCCUGGCAAACGAGCACCGCGACGAAAGUAUGGCUCGACUAGCAGCUCCAAGGGAAAAGGCUCGCGAUCGAAAGCGAAGUCAGGAGACCGUCCUACGAGCCAGUCUGGGCCGCGAAAGAAUGCGAGAGCCAAGACCCCCAAGUCUACGAUUGGAAUGAUGCCUAUUUGA